AUGGCUUCUACUUCAUCUUUAGGCUUCUCCUCUAAAACUACCUACGAUGUUUUCCUUAGUUUUAGUGGUAUUGAUACUCGUUCAAAUUUUACUGAUCAUCUUCAUGUUGCUCUGCGCCGGAGAAGUCUUACAACAUUCAUAGACGAUGUUCUUGAGAGAGGAGAAGGGAUCUCGCCAGCGCUCAUGAAAGCGAUUGAAGAAUCCAUGAUUUCAGUAGUGAUUUUGUCAGAAAAUUAUGCGUCCUCUCGGUGGUGCCUAGAUGAACUAGUGAAGAUAAUUGACUGCAAGAAAGGAAUGGGGCGAAAGGUCUUACCCAUUUUCUGCCAUGUAGAUCCUUCUGACGUUAGAAAACAGACUGGGAAAUUUGGGGAAGCAUUUGGGAAAGUGAAAGAAAAAUUUAAGCAGCGCUUGGACAUUGUGGAGAAGUGGAGCACUGCUUUGAUGGAAGCAGCCAAUCUAUCUGGAUGGGAUUCCAAAAACUACAGGUUAGUGUUUUUAGAAUUAGACCAAACUGGUCGGUUGGACUGGUUAAAUCAGGAAUUAGACCAGGAAACUGGUUUGGUCUAA